GAGGACGGAGAUGCGUCAGCCGAGCAUCCCAAGCAUGCGCCAGAUCCGCCCAGGGAAAGCGCGACCUUGGAAGCACCAAACGAGGCCCCAGGCGUGACAUCAUAGGCAGAUUCACGGCCUGCACGGUGCUGACGGAUUCUAACAGACCCUUUCCCCCAUGAUACGGCCAUUCCCCCAAGAUACGCCGACAGUGUCAAGACACAAUCUCACCCGUUGGCAUCCGGACAAGACGCGACCGACUCUUCUUGUUUCCCGCCGCUCCCGUACUUUUCUCCUGGGCACCCCAUCGUGCCACCGCUCCACACAAUGGCUACGCAGCAAUCUUCGACGGAGCCCUUGAGGCCGCUGACGCCUCAGGCUGAUGCAUCUCGACCGACGACUGCAGGACAGGCCGACACGCUGCCCGUACCCAGCAUGCACGUCGACGGCGCCAGCGACGACGAAAGACAGCCGCGCAGCACCACGCCCGUCAACAACGACGCCAGCCUCAACCCCAGCGCACAACCAAGCCGCGUCCCGUCGCCAAAUCCCCACGCCCAGUUUCCCCACACCCAGGUCACCUACGAUGACCCCGACUUCACCCGCCCGCCGCCGCUCAAGUACACGCUGCGCACCCGCAAGAAGUCCAUCUUCUGGUUCUGGACCCUCAUCAUCCUCGACUGCGUCUUCAUGCCCAUCGGCCUCUACUUUGGCAUGUGGUAUGGCCUGACGCGUGACCAAUUGUCUGCCAACGCCGUCUUCAGUAUCAGUACCGCUUUGCUUGGAACCGUGUCGAUUGUCGAAUACUUCAUCCGCUUCCACAGGUUAUGGAAGAAGGGCUCCAGUUGCAGGGUCAUCGGCGCGCAGAGAUGGUAUCUCGACUGGUUCCACUGGAACCUGUCCGUCGGCUGGUUCUUCGUCAUGAUUGAGCUUAUUGCUGGUACAUGUCCCCACGACCCGCCAAUUCGCGUCCUUGCCAUGCCCGCGCCGACCAUGAUGUUCGCCAUUGGUUGCGAGCUCCUUCUCGUCGACAUCCUGCGGUAUAUGAACGUGCCUGCACCCUGCCGUAUCUCUUCGCUACCCCAGGGCGCACCGCUCCGACCCGGCAUCUAUGCAUACAUUGAAGACAUUUGCGCUGUUGACGGAUCUGGUGGCACUGAGUUCCGUCAGCGAUUGAAUCUCCGAUACCAGGCCAGCAAGGGCUUCCGCAUGAUGCUGCACCGCUUGACACUCUUCUGGGCCAUUGGCGCCAUUAUCUGCGCUGUAGUUGCUACUGCCAUCAUUUUCACUAUUCAGCGCGACGCUGCCUACGUUGUCGGCUGGGUUCUGCCCUUCCUCUGGGCCGGUAUCUGGACCGCCAUCACCAUUCCCUGGGUCCAACGAGAACUGAAAAAAGAGUACGAAGAAUGGACCACGGCCAACUUCAAGGCCUAGGAGACUUAGAUUCCCCUUUUAUUUAUUCAUGUCCCGCUUGUACAAUAUCACACAUAUCACUAGGUUGCAAAGACGAAGGGAGUUUCUGUACAUUGGCGACGGCGUUCGCAGGAUACAUUGAAAUUGGGUGUUGAUACUCUAGAUACCACUUUGCGCAGAAUACCAAUAUCGCAUUUUACACAUUAUU